GCGGGGCACGGCCCCGGCGACAUCGGCCGCUCGACCUGCUCGGCGCUCGGCUGGCCGCCUGCGCAUGCGCGCUGGCUGCAAACGUCGGACUGCGCCACCAUGUCCAACGCCAUGAACUUCGGCUCCAAGAGUUUCCAGCCGCGGCCGCCGGACAAGGGCAGCUUCCCGCUGGACCACUUCGGUGAAUGUAAAAAGUUCAAGGAGAAAUUCCUGAAAUGUCUUCGUGACAACGAUUUUGAGAACGCAGUGUGCAGGAAUGAGUCGAAAGAAUACUUAGAGUGCAGGAUGGAGAGGCAACUCAUGGCGCCGGAACCGCUGGAGAAGUUGGGGUUUGCAGACCUGGCAGCUGGCAAGUCAGGGGCCAGGAGCUGACUUUGGACGGGAAAGGACUCAGAGCCCUGGGCCUGUGCGCUGCCUCCAUGGACAGACA